AUGUCAAUUUCGGAAGUAUGUACCAAGCUGAGGAAGCCAGGAUUGCAGCUUUCAGAGCUAUGUACAUUGAUUAACACCUUAGGAGAUUGUUUGACAUUUGAGAUUGUAGAUGGAAACCAAAAUGUAGCUCAAAUCAAGUCUGGUUGGGAACAACUGAUUGAAAUUCUGAUCCAAACGAACCACCCCACAGUAAGACAUAUUACAUUCCAAAAUAUAAAAUAUAUUCUCAAUGGUAGGAAUGGGAUUUCUGAAAAGAAGCUAAUUCUUUCUGAGAUAAGUAAUGGCGUAAUUAAACUUUUAUAUCAUUGGAAUGCAAAUAUUCAAUUGGAGAUUAUGGAAGCUAUUCUUCAGGAUGAAUACCCAAUUGCAAAAAGCAAGAUUCUUCCAGGUCAACCAAAUGUCUUAUCUUCUUUAAUCAACUCUGAUAUUGAAAUUUUAAACUAUUUGCUUUCUUUGAUGAUACAAUAUAACAACUGUCAGCUUUACUUUGUAGUAUUGAAGAUACUUAAAUCAUUUAGACUUGCAAUUAAAGAUAUUCAUUCCAAAGAAGCCAUUAAAAGUAUUGUAGAUAAGUUAUGCCAACUUGAAAAGAACUUGAGCUUGAAUGAAAUUAAAAAAGAAACUGAAAGCAGUAAAAGUUCUCAGGAUUAUUUUCAAAAAUCAAGUAGCUAUUCAAAGCAAGAAUUUCUUGUGAUCAUAUUUGAUAUCUUUGAUAAUAUUCCCAAUAAAUUCCAAGAUAUCAAAAUUGUCUGUUAUAAUAUGAUUAAAGAUGAACUGAAUCUUCUUUUUAAUGAGGAAUUACUUGUAAAACUUAAUUACUAUCCAUAUCAUACACUUAUUGAAAAUGGUUUUAAGGUUAUUACUAAAAUCUCAUCUUCUCAUCCUUUGGUUUCACAUGAUCAUAUGAAAUGGAUGAGAACUAUAUGGAAUUUAAUCAGUUUUAAGGUUUUGGGAGACAAUUUGAACAAAUAUCUUGAGCGUGAGUCUAUGCUUUUAAUAAUUUUAAACCAAGUAAUUAAAUCUAUAUUAACUUUAUACUUGGAUAAGGGUCAGAUAUUGUUUAUAUGGAAUUUUGAACUGAAAGAAAAUAAUAUUAACAUUGAGAUUGAUAACAAUAUUAUAACAGACGAAACCAUAUUUAUCCUGAAUUUAGAUCAGUUAUUCCAAGUAUUUAUUAAUUUUGUUGUAAAUUUUCCAAAAGAUUCUUUUUGCUCAAAUGAUCAAGUUUGUGAAUAUAUCUCAAAUCUCUCCGCCAUAAUUAACAUUGGUUUGGAAUUCCGUAAUGAAAAAGUUUUUAAUACCAAUAAAUUAUGUAAUAAGAAACUUUUAAUAGACCUGGCAUUUUCAAUAGCUCACUUUUUAAAGGAAGUUAAAAUUCUUGAACUAUUCCAACCAUUUCAAAAGAAAAAUACCAAGCUUCUAGAAUCUUACUUCUUGCUUAACUAUAUACUUUGUAAAUCAUAUUAUAUACUUGUUAUAGUUUGUAAUGACCAUCAGUUUCAGACAAAGGAAAAUAGCUUAGUUAAAGAAUUAAGCUCCAGUUUUGUAGAGUGGGUCAUUUGUAAAAGCAGCUUACAAAGAGAUGAAUUUAUGAAAAUAUGCUCAGAACUCAUUUUAAAGCUUGUAUAUUUUGACUUAGCCCCUACAUGGGUUAUUAAGUAUAAUAAGAACCAAAGAAUAGGAUUAAUUCCUACCAAUAACUCUGAAAUUGUGUUUUUGACAAUAUUGAGAAACCUAUACAGAUUUUCCCUUUUGGAUGAUAUACCGGUUGAGUACCCAAUCAAUCAUGAUCUUAAUCAGGAAGAAAUUAGCAAACUCUUUUCAAACUUUUAUUACUGUUGUGUCUAUUUUCACAGACUAGAUUCCAAGGCCAAAGGAGAAGUCUUAACCAAUAUAGAGCUCCAAGAGAAGAUUGAAGAAAUGAUUUUGUCUUGCCUACCAAAUUUAAAUUUCACCAAUGUAUACAAAUAUGCAAAGUAUUUUGCAGUUAUAGGGAGGUAUAAGAUAUCCACGGCAAUCUUCGAAUCCAUAAAACUCUACACUUUAGAGAGUUGUGCUUGGAUUAAUAUAUUGGUACAUAUUACCAAAAUCUACGGUUCUAUUCAGUUGUUUUUAAGGUCUGAGGAAGCCUCUAAUAACAAAGUUAAUUCUCUAUCAAUCCAAAAUCUUUUUAUAAAACUCAGAUCCAACUUAAACAACAUAGAGUCGAACUUUACAUUUAUUAAUAACUCAAAUAACUGCUUUUUCUCAAGUUUAUACUUUUCAGGAAUCUCAAAGAUUACUGAAUUCCUUAUAAAAAGCUUCAAUUCUGGAUUCUAUACAGAAUCUGAUAAGAAGAUUGAUCACUUCGAAAUUCUUAUCCAUUUAGUGGGUGUACUUAAAACAAUAUUUGGGCUUGCAAACAUUGCAAAGCUGAUUUCCUUGCAAACUUUCCAAAUCAUCACUCAAAUUUACUGGUCACUUAAACAGAUUGCUCUGAAAGUUAUUCUUUCCCAAAUAAAAUGCAUUUUUGAUUCCUUAAAUACAAAAUAUGGGUCAAAUAACAAAGAAAUUGUUGAGAAAAACUUAAAGUUAUUGAAACAAAUUCUUCUUUGUGAAUUGGGUGAGAAAAUACCCAAAUUUAAUAUUCUUAUUGAAAAAAGCUUUAUUGAUAAUGCUAUCCAUCUUUUCAAAUUUCUGGAUUUUAACUCUAUUUCCCAGGUAGAGUGGCAAAUAGUAGCAAAAAAAGUCAGUUCUGAGAAUCUUCCGAACAUUUUUCUACAUAAUUUGAGAAAACACCCUAACGACCUGCUAAUUUCUGUUUGCAAAAAUUCUCGCAAACCCGGAGAAAAAUCAUCAUUUUUACUCAUAUACCUUCGAAAUUUAGUUCCUGGCCAAGGCAAUACGCCCUCCUCCUCAUUAUCUGAAAACCACUCCAAAUUCCCCGAGAACGUUCUUUCUGUGGACUUACAGUCACAACUCUGGCACAAUGUCAGUUCUGACACACUAAAAUACGCAUGCAUGCAUGUUUUAAAAUAUGUGGGGAGGUUCCCGCCGGUCUUACUUAUUCAGAAAAUGCUUCCACAUGUUUAUUUAAGAGGCGAACUUCUGGGUUUUCAGAACAACAAAGAUUGUGCUGGUCAUCCUUCUGGAAUUUCCUCUGAAACUCUUAGUUUGGACAACGAGAACCAAGUUGUUCCUGUAUUGAAAAUUUAUGGGUUUUUAAAAAAUGGUUUCCAAACGAAUUUAUCGGAGGAGUGCUUUUGGGUCAGACUUAAGAUUUCCUAUUUAUUUAAAGAAGGUGAAGAGCUUUUAGCUUCCCACUUUUUAGACUUGUCUGUAACUGAAGCUCAUUUCUCUUGGGCCCAACCAAUUGAAAGAGUUCCAAAUGCUCAACAUCUUAAGAUUGUUUCGGUCCCUUUAAACCGGUACAAGAUUUGUAUUGGAAUUCCUUAUGUACUAUUUAUUAACAUUCUAUAG